AUGUUCAGCUUCAAGUUCAUCGAAAUCGACAACCAACUGUGGCGUUCACGAUCUAGAAGUAGUGGAAGGUCGAGGUCCAGCGGCAGCCAUUCAUCAAGAGGGGGCAGCAGUUCAAGUUAUAAGCCAUCAUCGAGUUGGAGCUCCGGUUCAAGUUGGAAGCCGUCUUCAAGUUCCAGACAUAGCUACCCGUCUUCUUCAUCGGGGUUAUCUGGAUCUUAUAAGCCGAGCUAUCCGUCGCCAUCGUCAGGUCUCUCCGGAUUGUCUGGAUACGGAUCGUCCAAACCCAGUUACCCUUCGUCUACAGGGCUAUCUGGAUCUGGGAGUGGGCUGUCAGGUACAGGUAGCCAUGGAUAUCCUUCUUCAGGCGGUGGAAGUCAUGCGUAUCCUUCAUCCGGGAACAGUCACGGGUACCCUGCAUCUGGCGGGCUUUCAGGCUCCGGUAGCCAUGGAUAUCCAGCAAACAAGGGACCUAGCACUGUCCACACUACAAACGUACACAACUAUUACAACUACCAUCCACCGCAAAAGAUUUCAUACACUCCUGUGCACGGAGGGCCGCCGAUGUCCUACCCAGUAUAUCACGGCCAGCCGCCAACGUACGUGUAUCAAUACAAGAACUCCGACAGCAAAUACGGCACGCUGCUAGCUGGCCUAGCGCUACUUAACCUUGGAACUCUUGCCGGCGGCCUCUACGCAAACAGACACUCUAGCUACAAACCUGCGCCUGGCGAAAUAUGCAAACUCGGUAUUAGGAAGGAAAACGGCGACUACCAAGAGACCAAAAUCGAUUGUCAAUUGAUUACAAGUUUCAUCUUCGAGGAGGAGGCCAAGGCGAAGAGUGGGGCUGCGAACUCCACUGUCAUCACGACAACCGUGACCAAUGUGACCGUGGUUAAUACAACCAAUUCGGCACCAGAUGCUGCGCCCUCGCCACCAGUACCAGAACAUUCUUACCCUCUUUAUACAAUGCUACCAUUAGUGCCGGUCAACGGGACCACAACAAACGCAACGGCAGUGAACAGCACGGUCAGCGCGUCGGACAACAGUUCCACGGGCAACGUGAUGACGUCAUCCGUGACGUCUGUGACGACAACGAACACAACGGUGACGAACGCGCUGGAUGUUAAAGGGAAACCGAUUGAUGUAACGCCUGACAUGAAAUGCUACGUUAUUCGGAAUUCCCCAACGUCGAACAUGCGUAGAAGGAUAAUUUCGGUGUGCUGGAUGGCGGGCGCCGGCGUGGGAUUACUCCCGCUGUUCGGUUGGCACGCGGCCGCGGGCUCUGCGCCGGGCUGCUACUUCGUGGAAGUCAUGGACUACAAUUACCUCCUGUUCCUGUACUUUGCGACGAUCGUCACUCCGAGCGUGCUGCUGGCCGCUUUCUACGCGCAUAUCUACCGUGUUGUUGUCAAACAGAUGAGUGCGGUGGUGACAGUUGAAGGAAGCCAUGGGCGGACCACCGGCGGCACGAUGCUCCGAGUCCUGGGUGCCGCACAAAAGCGCGAGGUCAAAGCCACGCAGAACCUGGCCAUCAUCGUCUUCUUCUUCAUUGUCUGUUGGAUCCCGCUUUACACAAUAAACGCAAUAAAAGCCUUCAUGCCGGAGCUAGACAUUCCCAACCCGAUCAUGUACUUCUGCAUCAUAUUCUCCCACCUUAAUUCUGCGAUAAAUCCCCUACUGUACGCCUACCAUCUUAAAGACUUCAGGGCCGCGUUAAAAGGCUUGAUCUGCACCUUCCUCGGGAGGGACGUCCCGAUGCCAGCCGCUUACAGGCCCCCAGUGCCAUGUGGAUUCGCCAAAGAGGAGACGGAGGGGGCCGGCAAUGACGAGUUGAGUAAAUCAGUGACGUUGACCGCCCCCGUAUUGCCCGAUAUGGAACCUUUCCUGGAUAAGAAUAUCGCGGACAGUUCCAGCGGGCGCCAUUCCCCAGAAGGCAGGGACAACAACUUAUACCUGAUAGACUCGAAUCAAGAAAGGUGCCAAAGCCCUUAUAGGAGGGUUGAGGAGUUCAUACGACGAGUCCGCAGCGUUGGUUCGGAGCACAGC